AUCGCUGAUAUCGCCAACAUUGAAAUGCAAUAGCACUUAGGUAUGCAAUUUAAUUUUCCGGUAUGUAUUUCACAACGUAUUUUGUGUCAUUGUGUUUUAGUGUUCCGGGAUAAUGGGAUCAUGAAUGCUGAACCAUAAUUCGAAUAUCCGCAAUGUCCACCAUCAAAUGUCUCGAGUUCUUUUUCGGCGAGGUACCCCAGUUCACAGCGCUGGGCAGCCGGUAUCCGCACCUCACCAAGUUGACGAUCGUGGGCCAGGCGACGCUGACCUCUCUGCGCGGCCUGGAAACUCUGCCCCUGCUGCGGGAGCUCUGGGUUAUCGAGUGCGGCCUGCGGAACAUCGCCCAUCUCGACCAUGCCGAGCGUCUGGAGAAACUCUACCUCUACUCCAACCGGAUCGAAGCGAUCGACGGUCUGAGCCGAUGCUCGGCGCUCAGCACGCUCUGGCUGGACGACAACUGCAUCGGCGCCAUCGCCAACCUCAGCCUGCUGCCGGCGCUGCGCGAGCUGAACCUGGCCCAGAACCGCAUCUACCGCCUGGAGGCGAUCGACUGGGGCGAGAGUGUCGAGUGGCUGAACCUGAGCGGCAACCCGCUGCCGCUGACGGACCUGCCGGCGCUGGCGCAGCUGCCGCGGCUCACCGCUCUCCACCUGCAGGACCCCAUGUACGCACCGGCGCCGUGCACGCGGCUGUGUAACUUUCGGCUGUUCUGCGUGCAGCUGCUGCCGCGGCUGCAGGUGCUAGACGGCGUGUCGAUCACUGAGCACGAGCGGUAUACAUCCCGACAGCACCUGGCCUCGCGGCUGGUCUACUACCGCGCGCUGCGCCGUCACGUGGCCGCGCGCUGUCAGGAGCAGGUGGCGCACCUCCGCCGAGACUGGCACUCCUUCCUCACCGCCAUGGGCACCCGGCUGCGACAGCUCAACGCCAAGCUGGUCGAGGUGGCCGCCGCCGGCGAGGCCGACCCCGGGGACGGCGGCGAGCCGCCCGUCUCCGCCGAGACACUCGCGGCGUUCCGCGGCGCGAUCCGCCGCCGGAUGGACGGAGUGACGAGCGUGGCCCGCGGCCAGGCGGCGCACAGCAGCGCGCGGCUCGGCAUGCUCGUCAAGCGGCGACAGCUCGUCCAGUCCUUGCUGGAACUCGAGUACCGCACCGUCGGCAACGUGCGCUGCGAGGAGCUGCACGUGGGCGAGGGUCCGGCCGGCAGCCGGGUCUCGGCGCUCAACCGCUACCUCGGCCGCGAGAAGAUCGCCCUCUCGGCCACCAAGAAUGUGCACUUGAUGGCGAUGUACAAGGUCAACAAUCGCUUCCUAGAGAACGUGAUGGUACAGAGCAGUGCGACUGACAAACAGACUCGCGUGCUUGACCGAUUUCUGACUACGGACAGAGCCAGAGACAUUGACUGGAUCCUGGAGGCAUGCAAAGGCAACAUCAUCACCCAAGUGAUGGUCAGCACAAACCUGAAUGGUGACGAGGCUGCGGACGGUCGGCCUCAGUCGGCGCUGCGCCAGUAUUUCGGCUGUUUUCGCGAGGCGCUGCUGGUGCAGGUGCUGGCGCUGCCUCAGGGUAAGACGGUGCCGACGCGCGUGCCAACCUCGCUCGGACCCGACUCCGAGGAGCUGGCCAGCCGGAGGAUCAUCCUGGCGCCCAAGUUCAUCCUGCUGUACACGCUCGGGGAGGUGUACAAUAACCGUCCGCUCACCUGUCUGGCCAGCUCGAGCCUGGACGACGACCUGCUCAACUCGGUGUGCCUGCCGACGAGCCGCGCCGAGCGGAGCCCCACGGCGGCGCUGCGUCCCGGCGAGCCCGGCGGCACGUCUGUCUCGCUCUCCGGCAGAGGCAUCGAGGCCAUCGACGGCUCGGAGAACGUCGCCUGCCUCCGCGAGGUGGACCUGUCGUUCAACGAGCUCAAGUCGGUGGCAUUUCUGCGCAACAUGCUCCACCUGACCACGCUGGACCUGAGCUUCAACGACAUCGAUAGCGUGACCGCGCUGCCGAUGAUGCCCAGUCUGGCGUCGCUGAACCUCUCCUGGAACCGGCUGGAGAACCUGCCGAAGGUUCUGCGCCGGCUGUCGGUCGCCAGUCCGGUGCUGCGGAAGCUGAACAUCACGUUCAACCCGUGGCGCGUGCCGGAGGAGCGCCAGUGUCAGAUGGUGGCCGUGAUGCUGCCGGGCCUGCAGGAGCUACAGGGACAGAGCCUCUCCUACCCGGAGUCGGCCGUCACCACGUUUCGACGUCUGCAUUGCCCGAUGGAGAUCGGCGACCUGAGCCUGCCGCCGCCGGCGCCGCCAGCCGAGGGCACCGGCCGACUGGACCCCCGCAAACUGACGGCCAUCUGUCUGGACGGCCAGAUGCUGCAGAACCUCAAGUGCAUCAAGGACGUCCCGUUCUUGCAGAGGUUGUCGCUGAACGACAACCUUCUGACCUCGCUGCGCGGGCUGGAGGCGUUUCCACACCUCGAGUAUCUCUCUGCCGACUUCAACGAGCUGGCCGACUUCACGGGUCUGCCAGCGCCGGCGCUGAAGCUCCGUUCGCUCAGCGUGCGCCACAACACCGUCACCUCGCUGUCGUCACUGGCGGAGGUGGGGCUGCCACUGCUGGAGCUGCUCGACAUCUCUGGAAACCCGGUGUCCAGUCUGGCCGGCGUCGAGCGGCUGACGGCGCUGACCGAGCUGUACGUGACUGCCUGCCGGCUGAAGGUGCUGUCGGCGCUGACACCGAUCGCCACGUGCCGCCGACUGCGGGCGCUGGACGCCUCGGGCAACCCGGUGUGCGCCGAGCCCAACUACCGCCGGUUCGCCGUGUACCGCUGUCGGCCGUUGCAGAUGCUCGACGGCGCCAGCGUCGGAGACGACGAGCGCGGUGAGGCGGUGCGCGCGCUCAGCGGUCUGCUGAGCCAGGACCGGCUGAUGGAGACUCUGGCACCGGCGCAGCUGCGCUCCGUCACCCAGUUGGACCUUCCCAGCUGCGGCGUGCGCCAGGUGGAGCUUCCCACCGACUGCCUCCAGCAGGUGACCAGUCUCAGUCUGGAGAACAACGAGCUGACCGUGCUGUCCGGCCUGCAGCGGCUGCCGCGGCUGCGAGUGCUCAACCUCACCAACAACGCAGUGCGCCGGCUGCGGGAGCGCGCCGAGCCACCACUACCGGCGGGCUCGGCGUGUUUCCCGGCGCUCCAGGUGCUGAUUCUGGCCGGUAACGGUCUGGUGCAGCUGGGGCCGCUCCAGCUGUCGGUCAUGCGCGCGCUCACCACGCUCUUCCUCCAUGACAACGAGAUCAAGGCGCUGGACGGCCUGUCGCGCUGUUCGUCUCUACAGCUGCUAGUAGCCGACCGGAACCAGCUACAGUCGCUGCCGGCCGAGACGCUCGCCUCUCUGGCUAGUCUCCGAGCUCUACAUCUGGAGAGCAACCGCAUCCGUCGCCUCCCGUCGCUGUGGCCCCCGCAGCUGCGAGCUCUCUACCUGGCGCACAAUAAACUCAGCGAGCCGAUGGAGCUGACCCGACUGAGCGGACGGCUCGAGCUGCGGCGCGCCUCGCUCUACAAGAACCCGCUGACGCGCAACGUCAAGUGGCAGGCGAUCCUGUGCGCGUCGCAGCCGUCGCUGCAGCUGCUGGAUGGAUCGCCAGUGUCGGACGUGUUUGGCGGCCGGCCGGCGCUCGACGGGCUCGGAGACGGCGACUCGGCCGACGAGGAGGGGUCGUUCGGUGACCUGAUGGGGCCGCGCAGCGUCUGGUGGCGACCUCCGCAGAAGACCGUCUGGGGAUUCCGACCCAACGAGGCGCGGUAGCGUACAUACCUGCUCUGGCCACUAAUUCACUUCGGAGCUCGCAGAUGGUUCUGCUGUGUUGCAGAACUUCUCUUGCGAGAUGCUUAGGUUGCACGUAAGCGAUUCACGCUUUGACCGGUUUAUACGUCUAUGCUCGUACCUACUGGAUGGAAGGUGUCGAAGGUGGUUAGACAUUGGAUAAGACGCGACGGGCAAGAUAGGAUAGGGUAGGAUAGUGUAGGCCGUAGGGCAGGAUCCUCUGGCAGUCUAGUUUAUGCAUAGGAGGGCUGCUUCCCUGCGAAAAGGCCGGUGUUAGACGAUGCUUGGUCAAUGCUUUCAGCACUGUCAUCGAAAGUUCGAAACUGACGUACGUAGAGAAACAUGUAUUAAUUAUUUAACUAACUGUUCUAUAUUUAUUAUGAUAAAUGCAUUACAUCUAUCUAAGACAUCUAUUUUCGUCGACGGCAAGCGACAUUCCUGGAAUACAUUGGGCCAAAACGCCGGAACACACACUGCGCCGGCAUACACAGGUGUAAUGCGGGACAGUAUACCCCCUCAGGCAUCCGACAGACUGCGGGGCUAAGCACGACUUCGGCAGGCACGCUGCAUGCGG